AAAAAGAAAAAACAGUGUCUUGGUGUAGCUGAGAAAACAAAGGUUUAGAUCACCAUUGAAAUUCUGCUAUGGCCUUCAUCAGAUCACAAAUACUUUUUCUUUUCAUACAAUUGUGUUUCUCACUUCUGCCCUACUCAUUCGCGCAAUCCCCUGCCUCUGGGUCUGCCGAAGGUUACACCAUUUAUGGUCGAGUGAAGAUCCCCAGUGUGGGAACAAAAGAUUAUAUUCUUCCUGGAAAAAUUUCAAAUGUCAAAGUCUUACUCAAUGGUGGUCAAAGAGUUACUUUUCUGAGGCCUGAUGGAUAUUUCUCAUUCCACAAUGUUUCUGCAGGGACACAUCUAAUUGAAGUGGCUGCAAUAGGCUAUUUCUUUUCUCCGGUACGAGUUGAUGUAAGUGCUAGACACCAUGGCAAAAUUCAAGCAGCAUUGACAGAAAAUAGGAGGGGGCUUACUGAGUUUGUCUUAGAGCCAUUAAAGGAGGAACAAUAUUAUGAGGUUAGAGAGCCAUUCUCUAUUAUGUCCGUUGUGAAAAGUCCAAUGGGUCUGAUGGUGGGAUUUAUGCUGAUUGUUGUCUUCCUCAUGCCUAAAUUAAUGGAGAACAUGGACCCAGAAGAAAUGAGGCGUGCACAAGAAGAAAUGAGAAAUCAAGGAGUUCCAUCUUUAGCAAGCCUAUUACCUGGUGCUGCAAGAAGCAACUAGGUAUCUGAGUAAAGGAAAAUCCGUUAGCAAGUUGGUUAGUGGUUACCUCAAGCAGGAGCUGAAAAAAUAUGACAUCUGAUGAAUGUUGAAUUUUCUUAUUUCAAAUUGGUACCGAGAGAAAUCUUUUGAUUAUUUAUGCUGGGGUUUAGCUAAAAUUUGAAACUUCUGAUGGAGAUGUUUAUAUGUUUGAUUUGAACACUCAGGAGUAGGCUUCUACAUAACUCUGCUCACUUUUUUGUCUAUGUUGAUAACCAUGCGCUAAUAUGGAUAAUUUUUUUUUUUGCUUGUAGAAACUAUUAAUUUCCACUUUUGGUCCUCUUGAGAAAAAGGAAGUGAUUUAUGAUCUAUUUUGGCUGCAUU